AUGAGCAUCCAGAGCCAGGACUCUCAAGGGAGUCUGGGUGUAUCUGCUAUAUUUGUCCAUGCAGGAGCUGGUUUUCACAGCCGCCAGAGCGAGGAGCUUCACCUCUGGGUGUGUAGCAAGGCGUCCUCACUUGGUAUGGCCAUAUUGAAGACUGGUGGGAGUGCAGUUGACGCAGUUGAAGUAGCCAUCAAAUUCUUCGAGGACCACGAGGUUACGAACGCUGGAUAUGGUAGCAACUUGACCAUUACAGGUGCUGUGGAGUGUGAUGCCACGAUCGUUGACCAUCUUGGCCGCAGUGGUGCUGUUGGGGCAGUCCAAAACAUAAAGAAUCCGAUAUCACUGGCAAGAGUAGUACUGGAUGCCUCCACAAAACCACUCUCACUCAACCGUGUACCCCCGAACUUCCUUGUAUGUGGUGGUGCCACUGACUUUGCAUACGAACAUGGCAUACCUGUACUUCCUUCGGAUAUCCUCGUAGCCCCAGCAGCAAGAGACCGGUGGUUACGGUGGAAGCGGGAUCUUGAGCAGGUUUCGCAAAGACUCCAGAAGCGAGAAAAAUAUGUUGAGCUGGACAACUUUGUCCCCCAACAUCCAUCACAACGAGUUAGUCAGGCCUCUACUGCAGUUGCAAGUAUCGGCUCGCCUCAUCACAAUACUUGUUAUGGUGCACAUUCCCUGUUCCAUGUCCCUCGCAGCCCUGUUCACGUUACCAACAUCUGCCCUUCGAGGGAUGCAGUAAACAUGAUCGGGUCCAAUAGAUGUGGAUCUCCCUUGCUAUGUGUUUCACGUAGUGAUAUCUCAAUGGAAGGCGACGGUGAGGCCGAUGCAGAAUUUGUCGACGAUACUUUCCAUCAGGAUCCUCUCGUCGCCGACACUUCAUCAUGGCGGGAUUCCACAGACAGCCAAAAGGACAAACACGUGCAUUAUGCGGAGGAUGCUGAGGGUGAAACCGAUUCGGCUACUAGAGAUGCUCAUGACCUGGCUGUAACCAGAGACGAAGAUGAAAUCACCGAUACGGUUGGAGCUAUUGCCAUCGACUGCUAUGGCAACAUUGCCGCUGGUUCGUCGUCUGGGGGGAUUGGGAUGAAGCAUAAUGGUCGCACGGGCCCUGCUGCGCUAGUUGGGAUAGGAACUGCUGUUAUCCCCGUGGAUCCAGAGGACGAAAUGUAUACGUCUACUGCCGCCGUUGCGAGCGGAACAGGAGAACACAUGACUACAACUAUGGCAGCUCAAACAUGCGCCGAAAGGAUUUAUGCUAGCACGAAGAAAGUUCCUGGGAAACCUGGAGUGUAUGAGCCCACGACGGAAGAUGAAGUCAUUAAGUCUAUGAUACAGACCGAUUUUAUGGGUCAUCCCGCAGUCAAAUCAAGCCAUUGCCACGCAGCAAUUGGCGUGAUGACAGUCAAGAAAACGCAUGACGGAAUUAUCUUCGUCUUCGGUCAUAAUACAGACUCCUUUGCCGUUGCAAGCAUGAGCUCCGAUGAUGUGGCGGCAUGCUGUACUAUGUCUCGAUCCCCGGGAGACCGAAAGGUAGCCCAGGGUGGUCGCUUUAUCAGGUCAAGAAGGUUAGAUCUUGGUACUAUUCAUCCGUUUCUCGAUAUUCGAAUGCUAAAUAAGAAUGUUUUAGAUUUAAACCUAGCCCAGCUACUUCACAAUAAGCCCAAUGCUUGCGAGGUUCACUGCGACAUCAUCGCGGUUUUGGUAAGGCCUUAA